AUGGCGCAACAGAUUGAGCGUAAUCAGGAAGCCACCAUUUACGUUGGCAAUUUAGACGAAAGAUGCUCAGAAUCACUUGUCUGGGAGCUGAUGCUUCAGGCAGGUCCUGUAGUCAAUGUACAUCUUCCAAAGGAUAGAGUAACGCAAACACAUCAAGGUUACGGAUUCUGUGAAUUCAUGACGGAAGAAGACGCGGAUUAUGCCAUCAAGAUCAUGAAUCAGAUUCGAUUAUAUGGCAAACCUAUUCGAGUCAACAAGGCUACGUCAGACAAAAAGAACUUGGAUGUCGGUGCAACAUUGUUUAUUGGCAAUUUGGACCCGGAUGUGGACGAGAAGCUAUUAUACGAUACAUUCAGUGCGUUUGGCGUGAUCGUGCAAACGCCCAAGAUUGCGCGCGAUCAGGAAACGGGCACUUUCAAAGGCUUUGGUUUUGUCAGCUUUGAUAACUUUGAAUCGUCUGAUGCCGCCAUUGACGCUAUGGAUCAGCAGUUUUUGAUGAACAAACAGAUCACCGUUUCAUAUGCAUUUAGAAAGGACGGUUCAGGAGAACGUCACGGAUCUGCGGCUGAACGUCUGUUGGCCGCUGAAGGUAGAAAGCAUGUCCAGUUACCGAAUCGAUUGUAUGCUGGAGGUACCCCACUUGCUCCCGCUCCACCAGGCGCCGCACCGCCCGUCCCACAACCACCCAUGAUGUCCUACAAUACAGCAGUGCCCAUGGCAGCCGGUUUCCGACCACCGCCUCCUCCUCCUCCCAUGGCAGGCGGAUAUCCACCACAACAACCCAGAGGAUUCUCCAAUCAACAAGUCCCUUACGGCGCCCCUCAACAACCAUAUUGGUAA